AUGGGCGACGUAGGCAAGUUUAGGCCGAUUGCGCCUCGGACCGUUCCUCCACACGGCGGAAGUGGGAGCCCUCAACCGCCGAAUGGCAACGGAGGUGCCUCUGAUGACGGCAGGAUGAAAAGGGCCUCGACGGCCUGUAAAGAGUGCCAGAAACGUCGAACAAGGUGUAGCAUGAGUCCCUUAAGUAAUAGCUGCACUGAAUGUGAGACACAUGGUCGCGAGUGUCUCUACGAUGAAACGUCGGACAAGCGCCGCAAAGCAGCGGCCAAGCGGACCCAGGAAGAUCUCGCCAACCUACGCGAAUUCGUAGAACAACUGCUACAUCUCUUACGGGCUGGCGACAACAACACCGUCCAACAUCUUAUCCACCGGAUUCGAUCCGGUGCCUCGCAGGAAGACAUUCGCGCCAUCACCCUUCAAUACCUGACUCAGACCGGUCAACUCAACCCCAAUAUGGUGAACAACAACAACAACUUCUUCGAUGAUCGAUAG